AUGGAGGACCUUAUUGCCCUGGUACCGGGUACAUGACCAAAUAUUUCUUGCGUAUAACUCCUUCACUAGUUGCGGCUGUGGCACUUGGCGUCCUGUUCAUUCAACCCUUCCACCGUGGCUUUUUUCUCAAUGAUACAAGUCUGUCCUAUCCUUACCGAUCCUCCACGGUAUCGACACUGGUACUCAGUCUGGUAGCCCCAAGUAUUGCGGUUGUUAUGGUAGCAUUUUUGAAAAUUUUGCUUUUAACAUGAUCUUGCCAGAUCAUCAUUGUGGAGGUUUUGCGCGGAAAAACUUAUGGUCUGAGUAGGAAGUUCCGGGGAGCUUUUUUGGUAAAUUUUGAGUUAAUUUUACCAACACACAGCCGUAGGUCGGUCUCUGUGUGUACAAGUAUAUAUAUCUUCUGGCAUUGGGUUUUGCAAUAACAGGAGUUCUGGUCAAUGUUGGAAAGGUGGUGAUUGGAAGACUGAGGCCUCACUUUUUCGCGGUCUGCCAACCGCAGGACUUUACCGCAGUUCCGGAUGUGUAUAUCACACAGUAUAAAUGUGGAGGAACAGAUAAGGAGAGGCUGGAGGAUGUGAGGUAUGUUUUUUAUCAUUUACAUGUACACGAAUGGGAUUCUAUCUCUAGUAUAAAAACAUAUAAAGGGAGAGAAUUUACUGCCGAUAUGAUACUUUCAGUAUAAAAGAUUGUGGUAUUCGAACACGCAGAAUGCACCCUGAUGUCGCAUCAUUUGCUAUAUGCCCCAGUGAGUAGUUGAUUUGACACUGUGCAUGUGGUAAUACUUUUCGUAGAGCAGUAGAAUAAGUCGUUAUAAUAAGAAUUAUUCUAUAGAGAGUGAUUUUUUUAGAAAAACUCUACUAAUUCGCAUCAUAUAUACAAAUCAUAUAUUAGAUUCAGUUGUUCUUUAAAUUACUCAGACUUUCAUUCCCAUCUGGGCAUUCUGGAUUCGCUAUGUACACGGCUGUAUUUAUUGCGGUAAGUGGUAGAAUAUUAUUGAUGAAAUUUUCUAGAACCCACUGACAUUUGUAAAUGAUGUUAAUAUCUUUACGAUGACAAUGACGAACAGGAGUCAUAAAUAUUUUUGAAAACGAAAUUACAACAAAUGUUUUGAAGUCAGUAGGCUUAGUGAUACGAAGGCGGUUUAUGGCGUUAUGAUGUUUACUUCACAAUCAUACUGUUACUGUUUACUAUGUUCUUACUUAAAUCGCUUGUUGCACACAAGCAAAAUGGUGCCCCUCAACAUACCCAUGAUUUUCCUGAAACAAAUUUCAUUGCCGUAAAGGCGUGCUUAGGGAGAAAGAAGAACUGACUCUUCGAUGUUUUUUGCCUUCAUUAGAUCUAUCUGUACUAUCGGGUCCCACGGAUGGCCAUCGGAAUAGCAUUACGGAAUCUCUUUCAGAUCGCGGCACUUUCCUUGGGAACAUACGUGUCAAUUACGCGAAUUUCUGACUACAAGCACCACCCGACUGAUGUGCUCGCGGGGAUCGUUCUUGGCACACUCGUAGCAGUCUACACGGUUGGUACCGUUCUGUUUAACGCAAUUUUCAGUUCGCCAAAACCUUUUUUGCAUCUUUGUGGUGCAUAUGACUUGAUCACGUGCGACCAAAAUCUCAGAGGUGUAAAAAACUUUCAUCGCAGCACACAACAAGCAGCCUUUUUAAGGUGAAAUAUCUGAAUAUAUAGCUAAGCCUGUGUCUGAGUGAAAAGAGGCAAAAUUAGCCCUGUAAGCGACGGGUUUCAGAGUGAAUAAAGUGUGAAAACGAGUUGGUGAGUAAGCGUUUGUUUUUUGGCAAAUCCUCGCUAGGCCAGUACAUAUACAACGGGACGGAGUACAAUUCAGACAUGUCACUGAUUAGAUAAAUCGUUGAAAGUUAGUUUUAAAACACAGUCGGGGUGAGAGCGGAAGGGCGUGGAAAGUUGCAUGCGACUAGGCAACCUGACGGGUUUAUUUUAAAGAACAUUGUCGAGCAACUGGCAAGACACAUCACACUAAAUUUCGAAAAGAAAACUUUGUCUCGCAAAGUUCCUUUUCAAGGAGACGCUGCGAGUAAUAUCCUGAGAAGACGCCUUGAUCAGGCUGUCUUGCGAACCUUCCCAGCAGCAAAGGAUCGAAUUUUAUUUUCUACUAUCCCUUUUUUGCAUGAAGAAGGAAAGAAUAGGUUGCCACCUCAGUGAGCAGCUAUUCCUUCACGUGGUCCUGUGGAGCAGGUUAUAUUGGUCGUACGAGUCGGCAUCUAUCCAAAAAACCACUAGAACAUCUCCCCUCAUGGCCGGCAAAAGAUAAAACCAGGAGCAUAAACAGCGCCAUUGUUGCGCAUGAAAUUGAUUCAGGGCAUCGUGCGGGCCCCGGCGAAGCUUUACAUGUAAUUUAUAAGGUCCCCUUGAGCUCCCCUAAGCUAAUAGGCCAGUGUCUGUUGGCAACAUCAGAAGCGGGCGCAGUCAGGUUACGAACCUCGUUCAGGCUCCGGAUUUACUGUGGCCAAAGGUGAACCAACCACAUGUAACUCCCGCGCCCUUCCGCUCUCACAUGGCCGGUGCUUUGAAACGAUUUAUUUAAUCAACGUCAAGUUUUACUGUAUCACGUUCUCAUAAAAUUGUACUGGCUUGAGGAGAAUUUGCCGAAAGCAACGUAUGCUCUCCAAGUCGUUUUCUGAAUUCUGCAAUGGGCAGAAAACUAACCGCAUUAAUAAUUAUAUCCGAUCGCAUUGGGUAACGCUUUGCACAGACUUAAUUCCUCAGUGCGUGUCUGUAGUACUAAAGAAUACUCGAAUCUAUACCUGCUUACCCGGGUGUACAAGCCUGCUAACGAAAGAGACUGUUAGAUCCUAAGGUGACUCUAUCGUGACCCACGAGCAUCAGCCUGGAUUGAGACAACAUUUAGUAUCAAGUGACGACUCCAUUACCACAAGUGCUAUGGAAAGACAGAUCGGAAGGGUAUGGUUUAUUGCCAGGGUUACUUACUCAAGGGGAGCAGUUGUACUAAAAGGCUAGGCUAAGUAUUAGGGUUAGAGAAAGGGUUUGGUUUGGGGUUAGGUUUAGAUUUGCCUGCCGCAUAUCGCCUUACGGAAUCUGGCAUUUUUAAUAAAUAAUUUUGGAUUACAGGCUCUCCGCCUGUUUACGCGCCCCCAAUUCGCAUCUUUCAAGCAAUGGGGUCUGUUCCGGCAACCUGAUGGAGCAGUAAAACAAAGUAUGGUAGAAAUAUGACUUCGCAAUGCCUUCCACAAAUCCAUUAAUAGCCACUUCCAUCUACCCUACUGAUAAAGCUAAUAUAAACACUCUUCAUGUAUUGCAGGAGUCGCUGAGCUUCAUCGCUUCGGGGGGCUUACAUAUCCAACCCUUGCCGUGAAUUACGCCCCUACCCUCAUGAAGCGGAGGCUUAUUUCGCAAGCACAAUACACUUGAAGAUCUCUUCGGGAGCAAAAUUAUUCAUGGGAUACUUCAGACCUAAUAGUGGAAAAAUCACCGGCCUAAGGUCUGGCGAAUCAUCUAAAUCUGUCAACGCCAGAGUUAAUUUAAAAGAGAUCGGUCUGGUUGAUGAGAAAAAAGUGUUGUCCGUCGCUGGAAGAUCGAGAGCCGCUGGCUGACCAGGUCGCCAUAUUUUGCCAAGCCUAAUUUGGAUCCUGAGAUGAAUCCACCGUGACCCACAAACAUCAGCCUGGAUUGAGACAACAUUUAGUAGCAAGUGACGACUCGAACACCACACGUGCUUUGGAAAGACAGCUAGGAAGGGUAUGGUUUAUGGCCAGGGUUACUUACUCCGGGGAGCAGUUGUACUAAAAAAAUAAUUGGCCGCAUUUAUUUGUAUGUGCCAGAGAAAGAAAUGAAGAUAUCUCGCGGUGGCUGUUUCGUGAGUCUGGUCAAGAUGUUUUGAGGUAGUUAUCGGAGUAAAAAUAUGAAAAUGUAAUACCUUUUUGACAGUGUCUGCAAAGGGACGUUAAUUUCGUUUGUCAUCAUCAUUGAAUGGUAAAAAUAUUGUCCCUUUUAAUUGGCGACAUUAUGAGGGAUCGAAAUUUGGGAAACCACAAAUUUCUUAGAUGCUCAGCUCUUUUGCUCAUUAGCGCUGCUCCCCGGAGAAAGUAACCCCGUCUAGAAAUCAUACCCCUAUCGACAGCUCUAGCGCUAACUAAGUGACUUUAAGAACAGCAACGAGCGGUGAGUUGAGGUCGACAAACCUGCGAGUAAGUAGUAGUAUGCCUUUGACUUUGAUGGUACAAUGCUUGUCUGUCGAGGGGGCUAGGAGGCACCAACUUGUAUUUUGGUUUCCAACGUGUUUGUCAAAUUCCGCAUUAGUGCCCAUAACGAAACAGUUGGAUUCAGAGCGGUAAAAUUGUCGCAAUCACCAGAAACGGCUUACAAGGCUUGCGCUUCCAAGAUUCCCACCCACGUACUAGAAGCGUGCAGUUCUAAUCGAAUCAACGACGAAUGUAAGAAAGACACCACUGAUCACCGAUCGGCAACGCAGUCUUCGAUCGUUGAGUCAGUAACGCGUACGCGGUGAUGCAGCCUGACGUGUGAAUUUGCCGUUAUUGACUAUGCUGUAAAUAACAGCUAUCUGCUGCGUACUUUCACUAAACAGUGAGCCUAAACCUGAGGAGAUUUGCAUACGUCGGUAACGGUAGGGUUUAUGACCCACAAGUAGAUGGCACCUACAAAAAUAUAACCUAAAAUCCACUGUGACUGUAAACACCACCUGCUGUUCGCCGUUCGCACUGUUUGGAAUUUCCUUCCCUUCCUGACUACCUGUAAACUCAUCAGCGGCGUUUUUUAAAAAGUUCGUUAAUUUUUGAAAAUUGCUCUUUGUUAUUUUUCAUUUUCUUGUUCCUUUACUUUGCAAAAUGACAGCGUACGAUAAGACUUUCGGCAGAAGUUUAUCUAUUUCCUGUGUCUUUUUCUUCUCCGUCCUGUAUGUUAUCCCACCCGUAAAACCCCCUCCACCACCAUUCAACGUAUGACACGGUCCACAGGCUAGUUGAAGUUAGUUGGAGAUCCUAAAGCCUAUCGUUACUCAUACAUAUCCGACAGAUCUAUUUUUUGCAGCAGACUCAUUUUGAGACUCUGGAUAUUGUCUUUAUUUACGUGUGCUUUAUCCUCAGCGGUAGAUGUGCACAAUGAGCGACUAAAUUUUACAAGAAAAACAACUAGUGCACUUGAAAAGGCACUAGGGUCGUCAUUAGAUGGACAUUUGCAUUUAUUAAUACGACUUUCGUGUUUGAACCUUGCAGCUAGUCUUUGCAACACAAAAGGAUGAGUUUGAGGACGAAACCGUGGAAGAAGAAAGUUCACUUGACGAAGUCAAAUCAGUAUGA